CACUGCCUUAGUGCACCGAAUCAGGGAUUGUUCAUUCCCCUUCAGCUUGAGGGUACUGCAGUGCCUUUUCUACCUACUCAUCUCCCAAAGUCUCUAUCUGUCACCUGUGAUCCACCACUUCUUCCUGGUGCCAUGUCCACACCUCUAUCACCGUGGACGUCUUCGCGCCAAAACUCUCGCGUCCUCUCUUCAAACUAUGAUGACGCCAUAGAGAAAGGGGACGUUGAAGCGGGGUCACCUUUUACUCAUGGGCAGGAAAACAUUUUCUCCAGCCCGUCAAAGUCGAUCGACGACGUACCGAUAUCACUUCAGGUCGACGAAGAUCAUGACGCUGGCUACGAGUCGUCUAAUCGGGAAGAAGACAACGCGGAUGUGGCAUCCUUGCAAAUCGCACCUAGCUCACCAUUUCAGCUUGAGGGAAGGGACGAAACAGUUGAUUUUGCGAGGCUGCGAGCCAUAACCCGGCAGCCAUUAGAGAGCAUUAGCGAGCAUUUCGCAACUCCUAGAAAACGCUCCUAUGAGCAGGUACCUGACUACCAGGAGACGGACGAAGAGUCGGAGGAAAGGUACAAAAAAGUGGCCAGUCGACGGGAAGCUUCAGAGAUUGGCGUCUCCGCUGAUGACGAUAUUGAGCCUGUUGGCGACCAGCAGAGCGUAGCAGAAAGGAUAGGCCAAGGAUUUAUCCAUGGCAUGGUUGAGAAUAAGGACAACGAGGGCGUGGCAGCUCUUCUUCAUAAGAAUGAAUCCAUUGACGAUGGACUAGACAAUGAUGAACUUAUCGACAUACCCGAAGCCAACGACCCUACGAAUGAUGACUUUCAUGAUUCUAUAGAUGAUACUCGACUCAGUACCUUCUCUGCUGUGCCUGAUAUGACUACAUUCGCUCAACUGCGAAGUGACUCUCCAUACAAGUCCAAGAAAUCGCUCUCAGGAAGCCCGAGCCAGGAAGAAGACUAUGAAUCCGAAAGCACGGAACCGGCUACAUCUCGGACCGCACGAAAGUCGCCUACAAAACCCGCUUCGCUUGACGCUGGUCAACCAUCGCCUCUCAUAACACCAAAAAAGAGAGAUUUUAAAGACACCGAUGUGACUCCCAAUCUGCUCGAUUUCGCAGACCAGCCUGCUUUCUUCUCACGUGCACGCCAUAAUAUGCAGAAUGAGCGUUACUCGCCAUUGCGACGAUCACCACUGAGAAAUGCUCGAGAUGCAGUGAACUCACCUACUAAGGCUUCCCUAUUAGACUUCGACAUACCCAGCAUUCCAACUCCUCGAUCCAUUCCCACGGUCACCCCGCGGGAGCUCGAGUCCUUGAAAUCUGGAUUUCUAUCUGAGAUCUCUUCCCUCAAGGCUACGCUCAGCGGCAAAGAGGCGGAGGUUGCUAGUCUCAAAAAGGCAGUUGCAGAUGCCGAGCGACGUGUUGGCGAGGCACUGGAGGAGGUCCGCAACGAGUCAACUCGCAGAGAAACGUUGGAAAUCGAACAAGCCGAAUGGCAACACAGGGGCCAUGAGUUGGAAGCUGUUCUGCGCAAUAUGAAAGCCGAAAUUGUCGGAGGCGAACAGGAAAAGGAGCGACUAGUCAAGAGGGCCAUUGACGCUGAGAAAAUGAAAGAACACCUGGAAAGGAGAGUGCUGGACCUGCAGAGUCAAUUAACCGCUUCUCGCAACUCCGCCUCAGAGAAAAGCUCUUCGGCUACGCAUUCUCCUAGUGUGAAGACAGCCGAGGCGACUGCGAAGGAGGUCCAAGAUGCCGUCAAGAAAGUUGCACGUGAGCUUCACACUGCUUAUCAAAAGAAGCAUGAGACCAAGGUGGCGGCGUUGAAGAAGAGCUAUGAGGCUCGUUGGGAGGAACGGGUACAUCAGGCUGAAAAUAAGUUGAAGGUGGCCACUGAGGAGAAUGAACAUUUGAGGAAAGAGCGGAAUACGGUUCUGUCGGAAGCGUCACGGGCUAAUUCGAGCCUAUUCUCCCACGAAUCCAAAGAGAUCGAGCCAGAAAAGCGCGUACUGGAGGCACAAGUUAAAGAUCUCCAGCAGGAGGUGGUCAUUCUCAAGGACGAGACCGAACGUCUGCAUGCUGAGUUGAAGGUUGAGCGAGCGGAAAAAGGCGAGCUUGUGGCUGCUGUUGAUGAAUGGCUGUCAAUCCAGCCGAUUCAACCGAGCGAACCAAGUCUCUCCCAGUCUUCCCAUGCCCAGAUGCCUCAGUCGCUGGAGCCGUUGCCCAUUACAACUGAGCCAGCACCCGAGAAUGUUCAGCGGAAUAUUAGCCAAGGCGGUUCCUCCAGCAGCACCCGUCCUCCUAGCACAAGCGCAGGGUAUGAACGAGAAAGGAAGAUUCCCAAGAUCGGGGUGCCGGUCAGCCGACAAGGUCGCGGAAACAGCGGCAGUAAAUCGGGGAUUGCAGUUUUCACCCCGGGGCGGAGUGGCAUCAUGGGCUCCAUUGAACGUAUGGGCCGCGGAGGUGCCUAGGAUGCGUAUAUGAGUUUUUACUUUUUUCUUUUGCGUUGAGAUAUC